UUCAAGCUUUAUGCAGAAUGCACCACCCCCACCAUCCAUAUUCAUCUCUCCUUCUUCUCCAAUCUGUUUAUCUCCAUUCUUCACUGCAAAUUCCUGCUCCUUUAUCUCCGGUUCUAAGAGUUUCUGUUGAUCUGGGUUCUGCCUGACUUUGAGUUCCUUUAAUUUCACGGGAAUUUCUUGUUUCUAUUCUUGUUUCCUUCUAAUUUCCGAGGGUUUUUUUCUUCCUCAGAAAAAGAUGGUGAAAACAGCUUCUUCUCCAUCUUCUUCUCCAGUGACCAUCACGAUCUCAUCAGGAGGUAAAGGAUCUGGAGCUAGAAGCAUGGGAUUAACUAGUCCAGUGCCACGUGCUUCUAUAUCAAACAACCCGAAUUCCCCUCUCAGUUGCAAAGGAAACCGUGCUUCGAGCGGGGGAAUUCGGACUUCCAGCGGAGGAAGAUAUUGUUCAAUGUCGAAAGACGAUACCACGGAGGAGAUUAACUCAGAAUUUGUUUCCUAUACUGUGCAUAUACCUCCAACUCCUGAUCACCAUUCCAUUUCUGACUCACAAACGAGCAUACCAGAAGAUGUCAGGAACAUGAUCAAGCCGGAUCGAAGCUUCAUUUCAGGUACCAUUUUCACGGGUGGUUUCAAUUCGGUGACUCGUGGGCAUGUAAUUGAUUGCUCGAUGGAGCGUCCGGAGCCAGUGAAAUCAACUCUGGCUUGCGGGAUGAAAGGUUGUGAUGAGAAGGCUAUUCAAGGGAAAUGCGAGUGUGGGUUCAGGAUUUGUGGGGAGUGUUACUUGGAUUGUCUAGCUAAUGGCGAAGGGCAUUGCCCUGGGUGCAAAGAGCCCUACAAGGGUGCCAGCGAGGACGAGAGUGAAGAUGAACCUAGCUCGGAGGCAGAGGACCAAGCUCUGCCUUUGCCUUCAAUGGCAGACUCCAAGUUGGACAAGAGACUUUCACUUGUGAAGUCGUUUAAAGCGCAAAAUCAUCCGCCUGAUUUUGAUCACACUCGGUGGUUGUUCGAGACUAAGGGAACUUACGGCUACGGUAAUGCAGUCUGGCCUAAAGAUGGGUAUGGAGCUGGGUCAGGAGCUAAUGGAUUUGAACACCCUCCGGAUUUUUUUGAGAAAAGAAAAAGGCCAUUGACGAGGAAAAUCGGUGUCUCUGCUGCAAUUCUCAGCCCGUACAGGCUUCUCAUUGCAAUGCGUCUUGUUGCUCUGGGCCUGUUCCUGACAUGGAGAAUUCGACACCCGAAUCGCGAGGCUAUAUGGCUAUGGGGAAUGUCAAUAACUUGUGAGCUUUGGUUUGCGUUUUCAUGGCUGCUAGACCAGCUCCCAAAGCUAUGCCCUGUGAACAGAGUAACCAACCUCUCUGUCCUGAAAGAGCGUUUUGAAUCUCCCAACCUAAGAAACCCCAAAGGACGAUCUGAUCUUCCCGGCAUUGAUGUGUUUGUCUCGACGGCAGACCCAGAAAAAGAACCGCCCCUUGUCACGGCUAAUACCAUUCUAUCAAUCCUUGCAGUUGACUAUCCGGUGGAGAAAGUGGCAUGUUACUUGUCAGAUGAUGGUGGGUCUCUUUUGACAUUUGAAGCAUUAGCAGAAACUGCUAGCUUUUCCAGAUUCUGGGUUCCUUUCUGUAGGAAACACAAUAUAGAACCAAGAAAUCCCGAGGCCUAUUUUGCGCAGAAGAGGAAUUUUCUCAAGAACAAAGUGAGACUUGAUUUUGUAAGGGAGAGAAGAAGGGUAAAGAGAGAAUAUGAUGAAUUCAAGGUGAGGAUCAACUCACUGCCAGACUCGAUAAGGCGGAGAUCGGGUGCAUAUAAUGCCCAUGAGGAGCUUAGGUUGAAGAAGAAGCAGAUGGAAAUGGGUGGAAAUCCCUCAGAACCUACUAAUGUUCCCAAGGCUACUUGGAUGUCAGAUGGUUCCCACUGGCCUGGAACAUGGGCUUCUGCUGAAAGAGAUCAUUCAAGAGGAGAUCAUGCUGGGAUAAUUCAGGCAAUGCUAGCUCCGCCAAAUGCAGAACCAGUUUUUGGGGCAGAAGCUGAUGGGGAGAAUUUGAUUGACACAACAGAAGUUGAUAUUAGAUUGCCUAUGUUGGUUUAUGUAUCUCGUGAGAAGAGGCCAGGAUAUGAUCACAACAAGAAAGCCGGAGCCAUGAAUGCUUUGGUUCGAACCAGUGCUAUCAUGUCAAAUGGGCCAUUUAUCCUCAAUCUAGAUUGUGAUCACUACAUCUAUAACUCACUGGCUUUAAGGGAAGGCAUGUGCUUUAUGCUUGACAGAGGAGGUGACAGGAUAUGUUAUGUUCAAUUUCCACAAAGGUUUGAAGGCAUUGAUCCAAAUGACCGGUAUGCAAAUCAUAAUACAGUGUUCUUUGAUGUGAGUAUGAGAGCUCUUGAUGGGUUACAAGGUCCAAUGUAUGUAGGCACUGGCUGUAUUUUCCGCAGAACUGCUCUGUAUGGAUUUAGCCCUCCAAGAGCAACUGAGCAUCGUGGGUGGUUUGGGAGGAAAAAGAUCAAAUUGUUCUUGAGGAAGCCCAAGUUGGCAAAGAAGGAAGAUGAUGAUGCAGCUUUGCCAAUCACUGGGAAUUUCAAUGAUGAUGAUGAUGGUUUCGAUAUCGAGUCCUUGCUUCUUCCGAAAAGGUUUGGGAAUUCUUCUUCCCUAGCUGCAUCUAUCCCAAUAGCAGAAUACCAAGGAAGACUUCUUCAAGAAUUGCAAGGCAAGGGCAGCCACGGGAGACCAGCUGGUUCUCUUGCAGUACCUCGUGAGCCUCUGGAUGCUGCGACUGUUGCAGAAGCAAUUAGUGUUAUCUCUUGUUUCUAUGAGGAUAAAACUGAGUGGGGAAAAAGAGUAGGAUGGAUAUAUGGUUCUGUAACGGAAGAUGUGGUUACAGGCUACAGAAUGCACAAUAGAGGGUGGAGGUCUAUAUACUGUGUCACCAAAAGAGAUGCAUUCAGAGGGACAGCUCCUAUCAAUCUGACAGACAGACUGCAUCAAGUUCUUCGAUGGGCGACUGGCUCUGUAGAGAUCUUCUUCUCAAGAAACAAUGCAUUGUUUGCAAGUCCUCGGAUGAAAUUCCUGCAAAGAGUGGCAUAUUUCAAUGUGGGAAUGUACCCUUUCACUUCUCUUUUCCUCAUUGUCUAUUGCAUUCUCCCAGCUGUCUCCCUCUUCUCCGGGCAAUUCAUUGUGCAAUCCCUGGACAUAACCUUUCUGAUAUUCCUCCUGGCAAUCACCCUCACCUUGUGCCUACUUUCUGUCCUUGAAAUAAAAUGGUCUGGAAUCACCCUCCAUGACUGGUGGCGGAACGAGCAGUUCUGGCUGAUUGGUGGGACAAGUGCUCACCCUGCAGCAGUCCUGCAAGGACUACUCAAGGUAAUAGCAGGAGUAGACAUCUCAUUCACCCUGACCUCCAAAUCAGCAACACCAGAGGAUGGAGAUGAUGAGUUUGCAGAUCUUUAUGUGGUUAAAUGGAGCUUCUUAAUGGUGCCCCCAAUCACAAUCAUGAUGGUGAAUCUAAUAGCCAUUGCAGUGGGAGCUACAAGGACCUUGUACAGUCCGUUUCCACAGUGGAGCAAGUUGGUUGGAGGAGUGUUUUUCAGCUUCUGGGUACUUUGCCAUCUUUACCCAUUUGCAAAAGGGUUGAUGGGGAGGAGAGGAAAGGUGCCUACUAUCGUCUUUGUCUGGUCUGGUUUGCUCUCCAUUAUUAUUUCUCUGCUUUGGGUGUACAUAAGCCCUCCAUCUGGAAGGCAAGACUACAUGAACUUCCACUUCCCUUGAUGAUGAUGAUUGUGUUUGUUGUUUUCCUUCUGUUUGCCAUGUAGUUUAGGUCUAGUGUAGGAAAAAUGAAUAUGAAGUUUCUCAACUUCAUUUUGUAGCUUGCUGUAUUGUCUUCUUCAUUUUGUAUGUAAUUUGGAUUUCAAGUGCCUACUAUCGUCUUCCAAGACUUACAUGAACUUCCACUUCCCUUGA